CACCUCCUCAUGCUUUUGAUCUUCAUCAAGUUUGAAGAACAUGAAGAUCAACUUGUCUUUCCUACUACUUUUCUUCUUCUCCAUGCUACUCACUAGUACCACUAGAAGCCUUCGAGUCACUCAUCCUUUCAGUUUAGGAGAUCAAGAAGGCAGCCCUUUUGGAGACCAAGGAAAUCUCUCCCCUAAGGAAGAAGUUGGGAUGGAAUUAUACCCAACAGGGUCGAGCUUGCCGGACUGUUCCCAUGCGUGUGGGCCGUGCUUUCCAUGCAAGAGGGUGAUUGUGAGCUUCAAGUGCUCCACAGAGUCGUGCCCAAUUGUUUACAGAUGCACGUGUAAAGGAAAAUACUACCAUGUACCUUCAAAUUGAUUUAACCAUGCACAAAACCCACAUGCAUGCAAGGAAUUAUGCAAUGGAAUAUGAAAAUCUUUAUUGAAAUAUAUCGAUCAAGCUAGCUAGUGUUAACAUGAUUGUCAGAUUGUGGGUAUUUUAUGUAGUUUUUGCAGGCAUGUUGUGUAGUCUUUAUGUUCACAAAGAGGGAAUAUUGAGGUGAGAUAUUGCAGGGAAAAGUUUAUAAUAUAGGAGAAUGAGUUUUUGGUAA